AUGCCGAACGGCACACAUACCCCCCAUUCCACGCCGCGUGUGAGGAACGGCGAGCCCCAGCCUGCUCCGCCCCCAACAAUGGCCUCUGAGCCCGCGACCGCGAGGCGCGACCUCACGUCGUGGUGGAAGCAAUUCAGCAAGCGAAGCAACCCAAAGAAGGACGAAGAAAAAGUCCGCGGCAUAUUUGGCGUGCCGCUCAUUACUAGCAUCCCCUAUGCAAAUGUUGCGAUAUCGCUAUUCAACGAGACCGGAGAGAGCUACAUAUACGGCUACGUACCUAUCGUAGUAGCCAAGUGCGGUGUCUUCCUCAAGGAGAAAGCCACUGAUGUGGAAGGAAUCUUCCGCCUCGCAGGCUCGGAGAAAAGGAUAAAAGAACUCAAGAUCGCCUUUGACACGCCCCCGAGAUGGGGCAAAGGCCUCGAUUGGACCGGUUACACUGUUCACGAUGCUGCCAACAUCCUCCGAAGGUAUUUCAAUCAGCUGCCAGAGCCAAUAAUACCUUUGCAGCACUAUGAUUCAUUCCGUCAUCCUCUGCGCAAUCACCAGGCCGAGGCGGUUGGCCCUCUGGAAGGCCAGGCGCCGUCGAUUGGGGGAUUCGACCCUGAUGCCGCCGUACGAAUAUAUCAGCAUCUCAUCAAGGAAUUGCCUUCCCUUAAUCGCCAGUUGCUCCUCUACAUCUUGGAUCUACUCGCAGUCUUCGCUGCGAAAUCCGACGUCAAUAAGAUGACCACAUCUAAUCUCGCUGCUAUCUUUCAACCGGGCAUCUUGUCGCAUCCGCAGCACGACAUGUCCCCUCAGGAUUACCGUUUGAGUCAGGACGUGCUCAUCUUCUUAAUUGACAACCAGGAUCAUUUCUUGAUCGGAAUGGAGGGCACCGCUGUCGAUGAGGGAACCGUCAAGCACGUUGAGAGUGGGCCUCCGACGCCACAGGCUCGGACUCCUACAACCCCUGGUCGAAACAAGUCUGGGCUUGGUCGAUCUGCUUCAACAUCAUCCAGUGCUGGGGCCGAGAGCUUGCGCAAAUUCGGGGGGAUUAGACGCAACGUUUCCACCUCCUCGAGACACUCACGACAUUCCGGAGCCCUUCCAAGCCCAGUUACUCCGUCUUUCGGUACUCCGACCGGAUCCGGAGUCCAUCGAAGCAACACGGUUCCAUCCAAAAACUCGCCAGCUCUUCCUGGUGCCCGGUUCUCGAGAGAGAAGCACUCUGACCCCCCAACUCCAGCUACGGAAGAGGCGAGGCCGCACGCGCCCACAUCUGGCCUGCACAAUGUUGCUGCACCCCAACAGCCACCUGAGCUGCCUGUCCCGCAAUCCAUUCAAACUGAGAACGUCGAUGCCCCCAAGCAAGUCGGAGAGAAGAGCACUGAUGCGGUCAAGACAGCCACGGCUCAAGGUGUACACUCAGCCAUCCAGCCACCAAUUCCUGGAGUCCUUUCACCCACCUCUAGCUCAAAUGCUACCCAUGCUACUGAUGCACCUAGUGGAAGCGUAGCACAAGUCCUAGGGCCCCCAGCACCGCAAAAUCAUGGAAAGCGUAGUCCUCACCUCACCCCAACGCGUGAGAAGUCCGAGUUCAUCGAAGGGCCUCUGGAUCCACCUGCCGCAAUAGGUAGUGAGCCGACUCCAGCUGUCCGGACAUUCACGCAGAUUCUGUCGAAGGUAUCACCAUCAAGCGACGAAAGGAAGGACGGUAGAAAACCAAACAAGCUUCAGAAGAAGCAGCGGCUCCCGAGUAGCGCCAACCCCAGUGCUCACAGUUCAACGCACUCAUUGACCGGAUUCACUCCCGGGUUGGAUUCUCCUCCAUCUCCUUUACCCCCAUCGGUCCCACAAUAUCACCCUAGCGGCUCAAAGGAGAUGCUGCAAUCGUACAACAGUGACACCGUUUCCUCGCGAAAUUCUGGGGCUACUUUGAAGCCGAGCAUGUCUCCGUCGGCAUCCUUCAGGUCACACUCAACCGCCACAGAAUACUCGGAAGCGGAAGCGACAGAUGAGCCACCCAAGGAGGAAAAGAAGAGCUUUUGGAAAUCACAUCGACGUGGUGAGAGUAAGGCAACACCAACAGCGAGUCAGACUGACCUUGGGUCGGUUCCCGGAGCUGAGAAGAGCAUGAGUUCUUUUGGGAGCAGUUCUGCGUGGGGAGGACGACGCAGCCUUCAAUUUGACUCUCACCAAGGCUCGGAGACGUCUGUUCCGUACGGUGGAGAAACUAAGGAGCAUGAGAAGAAAGGCCCGCUCAAUUGGUUUCGAGAGAAAAGACAGGAGCAUAAAGAGCGUGAGGCCAAGAAGCAACUGGCCAAGAGCCCCCCUGGCAGUACCUCUGACCUACACGCCCCGCAACAUCUCGGUAGGCCAAACGAGGGGUUAGCUGUUAGGGGGAAGUCGAUGGAUAUCCCUCGGACGGCGGUAAGCGAGGGUUCAAAAGGGUCUUCAGAUGUUACUCCCACUGCAACCAGCCCUAAGCCGCUUCCACAGACAGCAGAGGCCUCGAAAGACGCUGCGAAAGAAGCUUCGAAACCCAACCCUCCGCCUUCAUAG